UUAUAAAAUGUUUGGCCUGAAGCGCAAGAAAGUAUUCUGUUAAAAUGAAGCUCAUAGUACUGACGGUUUUGCUGGCUUUGGCCUAUGCCAAGCAUGAAGAAUACAUCGGGUGGAAGUCUUACUACGUGAGACCUGUUUCUGAUGCUGACUUCAAAAUCUUUGCGGCCAUGAUUGAGAGAUACGAAUUGGACAUCUUGAGCCAUCCGAUCUCAAGUCGCGAAGGUGUCAUCCUAGUCAAGCCUGAACACCAAGCUGGAUUCGAACAUGAUGCUGCCGAUGCCGGCAUCUCUGUCAAGAUUCAUCGUGACAACAUCAAGCAAGAGCUCGACUUUGAUGACAUGCAACUUGAAAGGCACAACCGGGAAUCUUUCGCCAGGAAUGGCGGACGGAACUUGCCUUACGACAGCUAUCAGCAGAUUGAAGCUAUCAACGACUACCUUGAUUACAUUGGAGCCACCUACCCCGACGUUGCUAAGGUUGUGGAUGCCGCGAACUCCUUCGAAGGUCGUCCUAUCAAGUACGUCAAGAUCUCCACCACCAACUUCGAGGAUCACAGCAAACCUGUCAUCGUCAUCGACGGAGGCAUCCACGCUAGGGAAUGGAUCUCCCCUCCUUCCGUCACCUACGCUAUCAAAAAGUUGGUUGAAGACGUCACCGAACCAGACCUUUUGGACAGGUUUGACUGGAUUCUUCUGCCAGUCGUCAACCCUGAUGGAUACAAAUUUACCUUCACAAACAGCCGAUUCUGGCGCAAGACUCGUUCAACUGACCAGAGCAGUCUCAGUUCUGUCUGCCCUGGUGUCGACGGCAACCGUAACUAUGACUUCCACUUCGGCCCCAUUGGUACUAGUAGCUCCGCUUGCUCCGACGUCUACCGUGGCUCCCAGGCAUUCUCAGAAGUUGAAACCAGGGUCGUCAGGGACAUCCUUCAAGAACAUCUUUCGCGUGUUGCUUUAUACUUAACGAUGCACAGUUACGGAAGCAUGAUCUUAUACCCAUGGGGACACGAUGGUUCCUUCUCUCACAAUGCUUUUGGACUUCACGUAGUUGGAGUUGAAAUGGCUAACGCUAUUGAUAAAGAAUCUCUCCCCAACUUCCCGAGAUACACUGUUGGAAAUUCUGCCUUAGUACUCCACUACCCAGCGUCUGGUGCUUCAGAAGAUUAUGCUCACUCUAUCGGAGUGCCUUUAUCCUAUACUUACGAAUUACCUGGUCUGGCUGGCGGUUUGCAAGGAUUCAAUCUCAGCCCGAUUCACAUCCAGCAAGUAGUUCGCGAAACCUGGGCAGGAAUCGCUGUGGGUGCCAGGAGAGCCGGAGACUUAUUUAGAAAAUAAAGACUGUUAUCAUA